UAAUGACGUAAAUUUUAUUGGCCGGUCCCACUGAACGGAGACCCGAGUCGCGCCACUUGGAUUGAUAACUUCAAGGCGUUUGACGCAGGCGGACUUGGCUCAAUAUUCUUUCUCCUGCCAAACUUCUCAAACUAUCAGUAACUACAUAAGACGAAGUUAUUAUGGAGACGAUGGCUACUCCCGAAAGCAAUAAAUCUGAAAUCGAUGUCUCUGAGAAAUCAACCUCGUCGAAUGAAGGAAUUUCUACUACAAACUGGGAACAAGAUACCAAACCUAUUCCUCGACUUCAAAUUGUUGACGAACAUCAGACUUUUACCGAUAAACUACCGGAAUAUUUGAAUAAAUGGAAGCUCGGCGAUGCUGGAUUCAAAUAUAAUGUUGUCGCCGUUUUUGGCUCCCAAAGUACCGGAAAAAGUACUCUGUUAAAUGGUUUGUUUGGAACAUCGUUUGAUGUUAUGAACGAAGCGCAGAGAAGUCAGACGACAAAGGGUAUUUGGAUGUCCCGUGGUCGAGGAAUGCAUGUGCUUGUCAUGGACGUUGAAGGUACCGACGGUCGUGAGCGUGGCGAAGAUCAGGACUUUGAGCGUAAAUCGGCUCUAUUCUCCAUGGCGACCAGUGAAGUGAUCAUUCUUAAUUUGUGGGAGCAUCAAGUGGGCUUGUACCAAGGCGCCAAUAUGGGUUUGUUGAAGACCGUCUUCGAAGUGAACUUACAGCUCUUCCAGAACCAAAAUGGCAAAGAGAAGACCUUGUUAUUGAUUGUUAUUCGUGAUCACGUCGGUUCUACGCCCCUGGAAAAUUUGGCCAAAACACUUCAAGCUGAUUUAGAGAAAAUCUGGGACGGGUUAUCCAAGCCUGAGGGUUUGGAGAACUGUAAGAUCCAUGAUUAUUUCGACUUUAUGUAUACUGGUCUGCCGCAUAAAAUUUUGUUGCCCGAGAAGUUCGAUGACGAAGUGACUAAACUUCGACACAGAUUUAACGAUCCCCAAGACGUUAAUUUCGUGUUCCGUCCUCAAUAUCACAAGCGAAUUCCUGCUGACGGCUAUCACGUGUAUGCAUCUAGCAUCUGGGACAAAAUUCUGACCAAUAAGGACCUUGAUUUGCCUACUCAACAAGAACUUUUGGCACAAUAUCGAUGCGAUGAAAUCUCCAACGCCGCUAUUGAAGUGUUCUCGCAACGGAUAGCGCCAUUCAAGUCUCCCAUUUUGCAAAAAGGACAAACGAUCCCAGACCUUGGGAAGGAGAUGAAAAAGAUUCGAUCGGAAGCACUCGAGUCCUUUGAUAAGAAUGCGUCCAGAUACCAUCAAGGCGUAUAUCAAAAGAAGCGCGAGGAAUUGUUGACGAAGUUGAAUACGCAGUUGAACGUGUACUUCAUGGGUCAGCUUAAGAAUCUCCACAAGAAGGCCAUCACCAUGUUCGAUGAAAAUUUGAUGGCUGAGUUGAAAAAGCCAUCGUACAAUUUUGGACAGGUUGUUGAAGACUGUCUCAAGUCUGCGAAUGAGUAUUUCUUAACCGGUGCUAAAGAUAUCAUUCUUCCUGAAACCGAUUGGUCUUAUGAUCACGAGCACAGCCUUUUGGAGGAAGAGUUCGCCGAAGUAUCUGCUCGAGCUCGUGCCGAUGAAUUUAAGAAGAUGAGCAAGGCUUUGACUAAACAAGUGGAAAACGAGUUGUCAGAACCUGUGUCACUGAUAUUGAACAAGCCAACAUCGGAUGCAUGGCACAAGAUUAUUCAGGCGUACAAUAGCACAAUCGAACACGGACAAGACGUACUGAUGAAAAAGGCUAAGAACUUCAAUUCAUCAGAGAAGGAGCUAGAAGAUUCAAUUGCUGGCUUGAAGCGACAAGCUUGGAUUGUUUUACGUAAAAAGGUCGAUGAAGAGUUGGCAGACAACAUGCUCUUGCUGAAAUUACGGACAACAUUUGAAGAAAAAUUCCGAUACGAUGAAAAUGGUUUGCCUCGAGUAUGGAAACCAGAGGAUGAUAUUGAUAGCCACUUUAAGCGUGCAAAGGAUGAGACUCUCACGCUGAUACCUUUAUUUGCCAAAAUCGAUUUGAGCGAAGAUCCCGAAUUUGAAAUAGAAUCCACAGACGAUUUUGAUUUCAAGCAAUCUCUGACUGUGUUGGGAGAGGCGAAACAAAUCGACAUUACGAAUCGUUUCAAGCGGGAAUCUGAUGCAUUCUACCUGGAAGCAAAGCGUUCAGUGGUCGCAACCACAGCCAAGAUACCCAUGUGGCUUAUUGUUGUCAUGAUGGCGCUAGGUUGGAACGAGUUUUUAGCGGUCAUUUCCAGCCCUAUCUAUCUCAUUCUCUUCGUUCUUUGCAUCACUUGCGGUUAUGUCAUCUAUGCGCUUAACCUCUGGGGACCUCUCGAGCGUAUCUUUACCGCUGUUGCAGGAGAAGCCACAAGGAUGGCCAAAGAACGUAUGGUAGAAGGUGUAGAAUUAGUGAGAGAGCAAGGAGAACGUCAUAAAUUACACAAAACUGAAUAAAAAGACAGACACGCCAUUGUGUAAGAAGGUAAAAGUUUUUUUUUUAUUGAAAC